CCAUUAUUAUUACCCAAAAGUAUAAAAUUGAAAAAGAAAAAGAAAAAGAUAGAGAGGAAAGUUGCUGUUGUUUCUGACUGCCCUGCCCUGCUCGCCCCUUUCAAUCUUCUUCUUCCUAUUCUCUGUCUCUCUCUCUUCUUCCUUUUACCUCGUUCUGUAUUUCUUUUUUAUUUAUCUUUCUUUCUUCUUGUUAAAUCAUCAACUUGGGUUAUUUUUCAGAGCUUUCUGCAGGAACUUUCAGAGAUUCUAGAUCCAAGCAGUGUUUCAGGACAGAGUAUUCUUAAGAAGGAAACUACAAAAAUAAAGGAUAUCAUUGAGCAACCUUUGGAAGUUCAAUUGAAAGAGAAUACAGUAUAGAGAGUGGUCGAGACUAGUUUUCCUUAACAAGGUUGUGAAUGACAAUUUUGUAAGAGUUAUGGUGCUGUGGUAGUGUCUUUAUUUCAGGCCCUAUACUAGAGCAUAUGAACCAGAGCUUAGUAUGGAAGCGGGUAAAAACAAAGAAAAGAUGGAUGUCGAAAAGAUUGAGAGGAGGAUGUUUAGUGAUAGGAUGCUAUUGAAACAGCUGAAAGGGGAUUAUGGUUGCGGUAAAAUGGAUAUCGACAAGCUUGAGAAGAGGAUAUGGACAGAUGGGAUGCUAUUGAAGCGGUUGAAAGAGGAUGAUAGCGAUGAAGAGAUGGACGUAGACAAGCUUGAGAAGAGGAUUUGGAGGGAUAGGAUCUUGAUGAGGCGGCUGAGAGACGACUUUAGCAACAAAGAGAUGGGUGUGGAGGAGCUUGAGAGGAAGAUGUGGAGGGAUAAGAUGCAAUUUAAGCGGCUGAAAGAGAAAAGAGAGUCGAAGCAAGGAGUUGAAUGUGAAAAGCAGUGUCAAACCCAGAAGAAAGCAUGGAGGAAAAAGAUGUCAAGGGCACAAAUUGUGCUGGAUCAGGGAUUAUACAACUGUGAGUACUCUGAGUGCUUCAUGUAUCAUGAUUACUUUGGCUUUCUCAACAAGACUUCUAGAAAUAAUCACCAGAUGAAUUGUACACAUGGUUCCAAUCCUUCCCAAGCGUUUGGAUUGCCAAACCUUCAGAUUAACAAUGAGAUACCAACGACUUCUCAACAAAUGAACCAGGCAUCUCAUUACGAUGAUAGUAACCUUGAUAUCCCAGAAGAUGGAAAGAAAAAAGUCUCUGAUCUUCUGUCUUUUUAUGACACGUUUAUGCAGCAAAGAAACGAAACACCAAAUCCUGGGAACUUGCCAGUUCCCACAGAUAUGGAGAACCAUAAUCAGCCACAGCAAAUAUACCAAUUUCAAACGGACGAUGUCUCCUUUGUUCAGGGUGUUACGGGAGGCAACAUGUCUGAGAAAGCUAAUAUCUAAUCGCAGUUAGCGGUUUCCCACAACAGAGGUUCAAUACGAUCAUCGCAAGGCGUUUGUCCCCUUCACCUGCUAUUAUGUCACCAGUCAAGUUUCCUAUGGUUUGGGCAUCUUUUUGCUAUUCCACUACUACAUAAGUAAAAUCUUCUAGAGUAGGAUUUACUCGUCUAGUAUUCCCCAAAAUUCUGUAGAUGUUUAACCUUUAGACACCAGGUUACUCGUGUAGUAUUUUCCUUUUUUUUUUUUUUUUUUUUUUGUGCUUUCUUAAUAUUAAUGCUUUAUAAGUAAGGUUUAAGGUAUAAUUAGAUCAUCUCCAACUCAAAA